AGCAUAUUUAACUCGCCAAGUAUGCUCAUGCAGCCUGAGGACCCUUACUCACGGGGUGGUAUGAGCCUCGAACCUCCUCCAAGGAUACUUACAGUACAAGAACCACAUCCACUACAUUAAAUUCCGUUAUAUUCAACCCACCACAACCAACCAUGAGCACGAUAUACCCCCCCAAUGCCCCCUCCUACCCAACCCAAAAGCCAUCCGUCAUCGUCCCACAUCCCUCAGAUCUAGAAAUACUGCACACAGGGAGACUUGUUCUCCACCCUCUGCGUAUAGACGACGACGAGGAUGCCGCGGCGAUAUUUGAUAUUCGGCGGAGGCAGGAUGUUAUUGAGUGGAUGUGGCCCUUCAUUCCCGAUACAGAUAUGAAUGCUACGAAAACCUGGAUGAGAGGAAAGGUCUUCUCGACGCCCGACGGCGCGGGUUCCGUGGAGACACGGCAUUUCUGCUUCACGAUUCGACGCAGGGGUGAUCCGGAGGAGAGGAUUCUCGGUUCAGUCAGUAUCAACUCGCUCGAUCCCGCUCCGUCAGUGGGGUACAUGCUUCAUCCGGAUGCGUGGGGGAAGGGGUACGCGACUGAGGCUGUGAGGGCUGUUGUUGAGGCGUGGUGGAGCUUACCGCGCGCUUGGGAGUUUGCAGACGAGAGGGUUUUUGCGGCCACCAAAUGUGCGAAUGUGGGCAGUUUGAGGGUAUUGGAGAAGGUUGGCUUCGAGGUCUACGAGUAUGUGGAGUAUGGGGAGAGGUUGGCUUUCAUGUCCAUGGCGAAGACGCAAUGAUACUAAUGAUAAUAAUAAUCA